GAGUAACACAGAGUACUGUUCCAGUGACCCUGUUGUCCAGUGUUUCCUGGCAGUAAGUGAUGAUGAGAGAGGAGGGCAGCGAGUGAAGAGGAACUUCAGGGACCCUUGGAAUUCACGUGAAGAAUCGAGCUGUCCACUCGUGUCCAGGACGAGCUGUGAUGAUGGAGAAAGCUGCCCUGCUGCUGUUCUGUUGCCUGGUCAUGUCUUUAUCAGGUUCCCCGCUCUACCCAUCCAUUAGGUUCGGUCAGAGGGACAUGUCCUUCCUGAUGACAUCGUCUAUCAGCGAUCCAGCAGAGAAGCUGCAGGACCACAUGAGUCAUCCCAGGGAGCCAGCAGAGUUACGCUCCGGACGUCACGCUGAUGCCAUCUUUACAAACAGUUACAGGAAAGUUCUGGGACAGAUCUCUGCCAGGAAGUUCCUACAGACGGUCAUGGGCAAACGGCUGGGCCAUAGAAGUGAGAGCUACAUGAAGCGUCAGUCAGAUAUCUACGAGGGGACCUAUAAAGAAGAUCUAACAUCCAUCCACAGCGACCAGAGAUACAGGGGAGUGCAUGGGAAAGCUGUGGGGUCCAGGUAAUUUUUGUGGCACUUGCUCAACUGGGACCACGAGUACAACGUGCUCAACAUGAACAACCGGUGGAGGUAG